CCCUGGCGUGGGUGUGGGAGCAUCACCCCUGGCAGGGAGUUGUCAGAGCAGAGGGAAGAAGGGUGCUCAGGCAGAAACUCUCUUCUGAGUAAACAGGUGCAGGCAGUGCGGCACCCGGGUGGUUUGGGCUGUGCAGGAGGUCUGAAGCCACCGAGCAUGACUAAUCCUUGCACAAAGGGGUCGUGGCUCUCGCAGCCAGCAGUCAAGAGCGUGCUGGUGUAUCGCAACGGGGACCCUUUCUUCCCGGGGCGCCGCAUUGUCAUCAAUGAGAAGAAAGUGUCCAACUUCGAGGUUUUUCUGAAAGAGGUGACAGGUGGGGUGAAAGCACCGUUUGGAGCUGUGCGUAACAUCUAUACCCCCCGGGCUGGACAUCGUAUCCGGCAGCUGGAGGAGCUUCAGAGUGGAGAACAGUAUGUGGCUGGUGGCAGGGAAGCCUUCAAGAAACUCAACUAUUUCGACAUUGGUGAAACAAAGAAAAAACCUGCUGAAGUCAAUAAUGAGGUCAAGCCAGUUACUCACAGUAGAAUCACUGCGUCAGCACGGUUUCGAAAACCACUCCAGGAGCCCUACACUAUUUUCCUGAUUGCUAAUGGAGAUGUUCUUAGCCCUGUAGUGCGACUCCUCAUUCCCAGGAAAACAUUGAAUCACUGGGAUCAUGUUCUCGAAAUGGUUACAGGAAAAGUUACCCUCAGAAGUGGAGCUGUUCACAGACUUUACACUUUAGAUGGAAAACUCAUUCAGAGUGGGUCAGAUUUGGAGAAUGGGCAAAUCUAUGUUGCAGCGGGUAGAGAGAAGUUUAAGAAGUUGCCGUAUGGUGAACUGCUGUUUAGCAAAUCUACAGUGAGAAGGCCACAGGGGUCUAAAACCUCGGUACUACCUCCAAUUCUGGGAUCUCGAAAAUCUAAAGGCAGUGGAAAUGACUGGCAGUCUAAAUCUACUGUUGAAUCCAGUGACCUAGGAGAAAACAAUUCCACACCGCCACGUCUCAAAGGGAAAGACAAAAAAAGCCAGAAUCCAGAGGAUUCUGUGUCCAGAUGGCAGUUUUCUAAUGACUCUACAAAAGUAAAACAGCCAGUGAGAGUAACAGCUUCUACAGGAGUCCUUCAAGAUAACGGUGAAGAUAUCUACAAAGCCAGAGAAGAGCAGUCUGAAAUGUGGGGGGCAGCCGAAGUGCAGGAAGAUGAAGAUACUCGUGUAGAAGUUCCACUGGACCAGAGGCCAGCAGAAACUGUAGAUGAGGAAGAAAAUGCAGAAGAGGAAAAUGACAGGGGAGAGGAGGCAUGUAAAGGAGAGGAAGAAUAUCCAGAAAUGAAUGGAGAGGAAAGUGAGGAAACUGUUAAAGAAAGAAGUGAAAUGGAAGAAAGCAAAAAGAAAUUAAAUGAGAAUUAUAAGGAUAAAGCAGAAGAAACGGAAAAUGUUGACCAAGCAGCAGAAGAGGAACUUAUCCAUUUAAAUGGCCAGGAAAAUGAAGAAACUGGUGAGGGAACGGCACACUUGAACCACCAAGGUGAAUUUCAGCCUGAAGAAAUGAAAGAAGUGGAUUCUGGUGGUCAGAACCAGGGUGUUUCCCCUCUUGAAAAAACAUCCACAAAUCCAAGAGUGACAAUCACCAGCCCACAGGAAAGUGAAAAUAAUGACCAAAGCAAUGACUAUGCUGCAGUUGCAUAGAUAGAAAAAAUGUAAUAAGUGGAAAAUUAAAGAUUAAAAUACUUUAAAUAUUAUAUAAAGUAUGUUAUUUUUUGUGAUUGAUAAACUAUAAUGGGAAGGGUAUUAUAGACAUUGAGUCUUGAGAUUGAUAUUGCCGUACUGACUGAUAUAGAAAGCAAACAUUACUAGCUACUGGAAUAUCAAAUUAUUUUUAAAAGGUGAAAUUUUUUGAUAGAAUUUGAGGAGGGAAAUACAAGAGUACUGUAUAGUAGCAUUAGAAAUAAAUGAACUAUUCUGUGAUGGAAGAUAGUUAGCACUAACAGAAUAACUACAAAAAUGACACUGUUACAGAACAAGGAAAAAAAUACACCCGAAUUUGACAUUGAAACUUUGCAGAUUUGUUCAGAAAACAGAAUCUAUUUUUAACUCUUAAUAAGGGCGUAUGUAGCUUUUCCUUUAAAAUUCCAUGUAAUAUAGAUGAUUUCCAGUCAUAGCAUUAAGAUAGAAUUAGAAUACUUUGCUCACUUAAUAGACUUAGGCCCAUAAAAAAAUGCUGUACUGUAAUGAGGUAUCUGUCCUAAUGUUACUAAGUAGUGGAUUUUCAAUGUGUUAAUUAGAAUUGUUAAUUUUUGCAGUCAUAAAUAGCACUUAUUUAGCACUAUAAAUGUAUGUAGACAGCCUGCAAUACUGCAGCUUUUUCCUGCCUACAGCAAGGAGUUUUGUUGAUUGUCCUGCUCUUCCUCGCUAAACAGUGAAUUAUUAUCAUAGUGGAAAAAAUGCAAAAGUACAUAGCAGAUAAGUUUCAAAAGUUGACUUUGGAUGGAUUUGUAAUUCAGUCUACAUGAAAUUUGAUUUAUUAAUGAUAAAAAAAAUAACAGGCCUGGUUUCCGACUGAAAUUACCAUGAAACCGUUGCUGUCAAUGGAGCUAUUUUAAUACAAAACAUGCUAAGAUGAGCCCACCAGUUUUCUGUGGAAGCCAGACACAAUUUCUGCAUUUAUGAAUCCUUUAUGUAGCCUCAGUUGUUGAAAGUGUGUCGUCAUCUCUUUAAGCAAUCUGGCUCCUGAUAGACUGUGGCUUAAUUUGGAUUAGUAAAUAAGGCAUUGAUCCACAAUACUAGUUCUCUUAAUGACACCAAUCCAAUUGGUCUUAUUGUUUCCCUGUUAGUAAUGGGAAUAACUUGCAGUUCAUGGAAAUACAACCAUGAGCAUAAUUUCAUUAAUUAUAAAAUAAAUAGUGGAUUUUGUUAAUGCUGGUAAAUUAUUUCAAUAAGAAAUUAAAUGUCUUUUUUCAAAAUUUCAUGCUGUUAAGAAAAAAUUACAUUUAUGAACAAAUAGAACUUGAAGCACUGUUUGAGGAAUGUGAAGAAUCACCUGUCAUGACUGAAAAUCAGACAAACAUCUUUGCUUUUUCUUGUAACUAUUAAAUAUAUUUUUCUAGUGAAGUAGAAAUAGGUGGAGAUCCUUCAGCAUGUUUCUGAAUAUUGGCAAUGUGAGUAUGAAACCCAUAAUUUUAAAAACCAUAGGUUAGAAUGAUUUGUCCUCUUGCAUCUUUGAGUUGUCUGAUUCGUGUGUCGUUUGUUGAACUGUCCAAAAAAACAUCUGAGGGAAUAUUACAUUUGUGAUCAGUUCAAAAUAAGGUCCUAAUUUAGCCAAGACCCUAAGCAAAUAUGUAUGCUUCUUUUAUUUGGUGUAACAAUCAAGUUUAUGCUUGAAUAUCUUUGAUUUCGUUCGGGUUUAAGAAGACAUUUAAAGUUAAGCAAAAGUAAAAAUCAACUACUCACACCCUCAACAGAAUGAAUAAAAUAACUUUACAUGCUAGUGAGGAAAAAUGACGAACAAAACCCCCCUAGAAACUCUAAAGUUAAUCCUACACUGGAAUAAUACAGGCAGUAGCAUUAAAAGCCCACAAACAACACUUAACCAGCAGCAGAAGGCAACUCUGUCUCCUUGGGGAUCAUAAUGCAAUUUACCCACUGAAUGUUCUGUGCAAAGCUGACUAAGGAAAACGGCUGAUGCUGUGUCUUUGCUUGCUAAGAGCUGAAUAGCUCAGCAGUAAGCAUGAACUUAAAUGUGUUGCUUAAUCAAGACAUACAACAGUAAUCUUGAAUUGAUGUUACUAUGAAUGGGCUCCUUGCUAAGUUAAUGGUUUACCCAAAUACAGGACUGUAGUUGCUGUCAUCUUGUUGGAGAUUAAGACUUAAACAACAUCCUCAAAAGUCUGAAGUUAAAUUGAUACCCAAAAAUAUCUGAUGGAGAUAUUUAAUUUUGAGACUGUUUGCCUCAAAAUGUUGCAUCUAGAAAAAAUAUUUAGAAGAAACUGUGGGAUUUGUAUGGUAAUCCUUUUCUCCCUUUGGUUUCUAUUUGCAUCUCUGUCUGCCAACAGUUUCUGUCAUUUCUUCCCUUUUCCCCAAGUGUUUGGUGUCUUCCAUGCUUAAAAGAUUUACAGACAUCAACAAGAAUGAUUUAAAAGCUUAAGCUAAAUUCUAUGGAAUUGUAAUACAGUAAUUUUCUGCUACAGGAACAUGAAAUCCCAAUGAGUGUUAUUCAGCCUUUAAAAUGUUUUUCCUUCUAUUUUCUAGUAAGAAAGAUGGGAUUUAUUUCUUCAGAAUAGCAAAUCUGGCUUUUUGGAAAUAGAGAUAUAACCAUUUUAUUAUUCACCUUACAACACUGACAACAUGAAUUUUAUAUUGGGUUCUUUUACAUAGAGAAGUUUGUUUAUGCACAACAAAUAAUUCUGAUGUUAAAGCAGAAAUUAAGCAAGGAGCAGACAGGUGGUCUUGCUAAUAGUUUUUCUGUCUUGAUUUGCAAUGAUGGCUUUAACUCAGUUUUACAUAAGAAAUGCCUUAUUUUGUUAAGCUUAUGCAAUGUUAUUUAUUAAGCUGAAAUGCAACAGUUCUGAGUGUUUUUUUUCAGACUUCUUUUGGUUUUAUUUUCAAAAAUAAUUUGCUAUUAAAGAGA